AUGGUGGAUGGGGAGGUGGGCGAGGGGCGGCAUGGUGGGCAUGGCGAUGGCAAUGGAGGGAGGGAGGAAGCUGUGAUUCCGUUCGAUGAGUUGACGAAGGUUCAGCUGGUGGAGCUGCUCAGGGCCCACCCAUCACCCGACAUGCGACACGUUGCCGACAACAUCACGGCCAGCACACCACACAGACACACGUAUGAAGCAGGGGCACCGACCUGAUGCGUUGUCUUGUCGGCGUGUGCCUGCACAGAGGCUAGCGAUCGACUCGGCGGUGAGUUUGUUGGACAUGUUGGAUGACAUGGACAGGGGGGCUGUGUGCGAGGGCAUCCGCUGCGAGCUCGGCCUCCCAAAGGGCAUCGCACUCCUCAUCAUACCGCAGCUGCGGCGCUUCCUGCGGGCACUUCAACGGCGGGGGGCCGUCCAGUGGCCACCUGGGGAUGGUGAGAGGGGGGAGGGAGGCCUGGCUGCCGGCAAGUCGUGGGAUUCAGCUCGCCUGGCGUCGGCCAUUGAGCAUGAGAUAGACAUGAUGGCGGCUGACAAGAAGCAGCGGCACGGCGACAGACUACAACACGUCAUCGACAAAAUCAGAGAGGUGAGUCCACACGCGACACACAGCACAGAAUCACUCAUCGAUGUCUGUGCCUGUCUGUGUGUGUGCAGCAUGGCAUAUCAGGCAUUUUGGUAGGUCGUUCGGAUGCAAGCAUCACUCGUUCCUAGAGUGAUGGGACGGCCAUGGCAUGCUGAUGAUGGUGAUGUGAGUCAGUCAGUCAGUCAGUGAUCGAGACUGCCCCUGGUGUGUGUGUGCGUCUGGGCUAUGUAAAAGUGUGGCUUUCUCCAUCCAUCCAUCCAUCGUGCCGGUGUUCCCAUGUGUAAUUCCAUGCAUGUUUUAUGAGACAUUCGCGUAUGAUCAAAACGCCCAUGUGGUCGCUCAUUGUGAGAAGACAGAGGAUGGCGUAGGAACGACCUUGACAGCAUAUAUAGCAUCCAUGGGAUGGAUAGUCAAGACGCCUGUACACGGG